GAAAGGCGCACGUUCAGAAAAUAUUGUUAAAUUCAUUCCACAAAGUAACCAGCGUUAGAACUAUUUAACAGUGCGUUAUAUAAGAUCUUGAUAAUGUCAUCGAGUAUAAGUAUUAACGGCACCAGCUACGAGGUGAAUUUCACAACGUUGCCAGCGGACAUCACACUGAACACUUUCAUUCGCGAGCAUGCAGGACUUACAGGCACCAAGUUCAUGUGCCAGGAGGGGGGCUGUGGUGUUUGUGUGUGCGCCGUAACCGGCAGACAUCCCGCUACUGGGGAGCAGCGCACCUGGGCGGUCAACUCAUGUUUGACUUUGUUGAAUACGUGUGUGGGCCUGGAGGUGACUACCUCGGAGGGUUUGGGCAAUAAACGCACCGGCUAUCAUCCGAUACAGGAGAGACUGGCCAAAAUGAAUGGCACCCAGUGUGGCUACUGCUCGCCUGGAAUUGUGAUGAAUAUGUAUGCGCUGCUCAAGGCAAAUGGUGGCAAGGUGACCAUGGAGGAGGUGGAGAACUCUUUCGGAGGCAACAUCUGUCGUUGCACCGGCUAUCGUCCCAUUCUGGAUGCCAUGAAAUCCUUCGCUGUGGACAGCAACAUCGCCGUACCGGCCGAGUGCGCCGACAUUGAGGACUUGGCGUCGAAACUGUGCCCCAAGACGGGCGCCAACUGCAGCGGCGCCUGCAAGGAAGCUCAGCAGAAUGGCGUGCAUUUGCUUACUCAAAGCUUUGCUGACGGAUAUUCGUGGUAUUGGCCUCACACUCUUGCACAGGUAUUUGAGGCUCUAGCCAGCAUUCCCCAGGACAUACCCUAUAUGUUGGUUGCUGGUAACACCGCCCACGGCGUGUACAGACGCAGCGAUAACAUUAAGGCCUUCAUUGAUGUGAAUUCUGUGAGUGAGCUGAAGAGUUACAGACUCAGCGAGCAGAUUCUGACGUUGGGCGCCAACCUCAGCCUUACCGAGACAAUGCAAAUUUGUCGGGAGCUGCAGAAAACAGCGGGCUUCGAGUAUUUGGCGCAGUUGUGGCAACACCUGGAUUGGAUUGCCAAUGUACCUGUGCGCAAUGCCGGCACCCUCGCGGGAAAUUUAUCUAUCAAGCAUUCGCGGCCCGAGUUCCCCUCCGAUAUUUAUAUUGCUUUCGAAGCCUUAGAUGUCAAGGUGAUAGUUCAGCAAUCAGCGAAAGAACAACAAAUUGUCAGCCUGUCCAACUACUUGCAAAUGCCAAUGCAAGGCAAACUAAUCGCGGGCUUUGUAUUGCGCGCAUAUGACAAAGGCCUAUACCUCUACGAUUCUUACAAGAUAAUGCCUCGCGCCCAAAACGCCCAUGCCUAUGUGAAUGCAGCUUUCCUGGUUGGUCUAGACGCCAAGAAGCAACGAGUUCAGACCGCACGCAUUUGCUUCGGUGGCAUAAACCCGAACUAUACACAUGCCAAGGAGCUGGAGCAGUUACUUAUUGGCAAAGAACUCCAUGACAAAGGGUUACAAGCUUCGAUUUACCAAUCAUUGAAGUCUUCGCUGGAAGCGGACUACGUGCCACCCGAUGCCAAUCCCGCUUAUCGCCAGCAACUGGCUUACUCGCUUUUCUACAAGUUUGUGCUGAAGAGCGCGCCUCAGUCGAAGUUGUCCAGUCGCUAUAUCACGGGUGCUUCACUCCUUAAAAGACCCGUAUCCACUGGCCAGCAAAGUUUCGAGACCUUUGAGAAGAACUAUCCAAUUUCAAAGCCCACCGUAAAGCACGAGGGACUCAUACAGUGCUCCGGAGAGGCUACCUAUGUGAAUGACUUACCCACUCAACACAAUCAGUUGUGGGCAGCAUUUGUUACAGCAAAGAAAGUCGGCGCUCAAGUCAGCAAAAUUGAUGCCACACCUGCUUUGGAAUUGCCCGGAGUUGUGGCCUAUUUCGAUGCCAAGGACAUUCCCGGUGUUAAUGUGCUGGGGCCUAAGUUGAAAGAUGCCCAUUUCUUUAAAGAAGAGGAACAACUAUUUGCCACUGGAACAAUAAAAUUCUAUCAUCAACCGAUUGGCGUGAUACUGGCCGAUUCAAAUGCCUUGGCCCAAAGAGCAGCCGACCUGGUUCAAGUGUCCUAUGAAGGUGGCGAGCAAGUGGAACUGCUCCCAAGCUUAAACGAUGUCCUGAAGAGCUCGAAGGAUGCUAGUGGCGCUCGUUUCGAGCAAAAAUGUAAAUCUAUGCUCGACAAAUUGGAGCUUGUGGAUCCCUACGAUGUAACGGGCAGCGGAGAACUGGAUAUGGGCUUGCAAUAUCAUUUCUACAUGGAGCCUCAGACCACCGUGGUGUUACCUUUCGAGGGUGGCUUGCAGGUCUACGUAGCCACCCAAUGGAUGGACCUGUCUCAAGAUCUCAUUGCCAAUGUUCUAAAUUUGCGCAGCAAUGAGGUGCAGGUUAAGACGCGUCGCAUCGGAGGCGGCUAUGGUGGCAAGGCUACACGUUGCAACAUGGCUGCUGCGGCAGCAGCUCUAGCAGCCUAUAAAUUGAAUCGUCCAGUCCGGUUCGUACAGUCUUUGGAGUCCAUUAUGAACACACUGGGAAAACGAUGGGCCUUCCACUGCGAUUAUGAUUUCUACGUGCAACGAACAGGAAAAAUUGUUGGUCUGCACAGUCUCUUUUAUGAAGAUGCUGGCUAUUUAUCGAACGAAUCGCCUAUUGGCCAUACAGUUCUGUUGUCAAAGAAUUGCUACGAGUUUAGUGACAACUUCAAGUUGGACGGUUAUCUCGUGCUUACGGAUUCGCCCAGCAAUACGCCUUGUCGUGCCCCUGGCUCCGUGGAAGGCAUUGCUAUGAUGGAGAACAUUAUAGAACAUAUUGCAUUUGAGACAGGCCUAGAUCCGGCUGAUGUCCGCUACGCCAAUUUGUUGCCCGCUCAUAAAAUGGGCGACAUGAUGCCACGUUUCCUUGAGAGCACCAAAUACCGCGAACGUCGUGCUGAGAUUAUUGCCUACAACAAGGAGCACCGUUGGCGCAAGCGUGGUCUCGGCUUGUGCAUCAUGGAAUAUCAAAUUGGCUAUUUCGGCCAGUAUCCAGCCACUGUGGCUAUUUACCAUAGCGAUGGAACUGUGGUUGUCUCGCACGGCGGCAUUGAAAUGGGGCAAGGCAUGAACACCAAGAUCGCCCAAGUUGUUGCCCAUACACUAGGCAUUCCGUUGGAGCAGGUGCGGAUUGAGGGCAGCGAUUCAAUAAACGGCGCCAACGCCAUGGUAACUGGAGGUGCUGUAGGCAGCGAGACUCUCUGCUUUGCCGUGCGCAGAUGUUGCGAGACUCUGAACGAACGGUUAGCGCCUAUACGCGAAGAGGUGAAGCCACAGGACUGGCAACAGCUCAUUACUGAGGCAUACAAUCGCAAGAUAAACUUAAUUGUUAGCGAUCAGUGUAAGCAGGGCGACAUGGAUCCCUAUUCCGUCUGUGGAUUGUGCCUUAACGAGGUGGAACUAGACGUUCUUACCGGUAACUAUUUGAUUACUCGAGUGGACCUGCUAGAAGAUACGGGCGAGAGUUUGAACCCCAAUGUUGACAUUGGCCAAAUCGAGGGAGCCUUCAUGAUGGGCCUGGGUUAUUGGACCAGCGAACAAAUAGUGGUGGACAAGAAAACAGGCGAAUGUUUGACAAAUCGCACAUGGAACUACAAGCCACCAGGUGCCAAGGAUAUACCCAUUGAUUUGCGUAUCGAACUGCUGCCAAAUAGCCCGAAUAAGGCGGGCUUCAUGAGAUCUAAGGCAACUGGAGAGCCAGCUAUUUGUCUUUCCAUAUCCGUUGCUUUCGCCUUGCAGCAGGCUCUGCAAUCGGCGCGUGAUGAUGCUAAGGUACCCAGGUCCUGGGUAACGUUAAAUGCUCCUAUGACACCCGAAUUAUUGGUUCUCCACGCUGGCACUGACAUGAGCAUGCUUCAAUUAGACUAGUGCGGAAGGGAUAUCAUGAAGGCCACUUUUACCAAUGGCUUCAUUUGGAGAAGACCGUUAAUUAGCUGAAGGCUUUAGUCGUUUAACUACUUGUUUUAUAAUAUGGUCCAAACUAAAUCAAUAUAGUACAUUUAUUCACAAAUACGAGUUCUCUAAA